CGCUUCAAAUGCCUUCGGUGUCGCUCGAAUUCGAUUUUGUACCUAUCCCAUCUCUAUAUUUCCAACACCUACAAACCUCAUAGCCAGAUUUAUCAUUUUGCGACAGGCAUGCGACAAGGUCCUUCAUAACGCGAAGUGGCGCGACCUGGAGGUCUUGGAGCAACUUUAUUGCAAGAUAACCCCCUAAUACGACGUCGCUACCCCAAUAAAAAGCAAGUUCGACUAAGCGAUACUCAUCGACUCGAUCCGCCAUAUUGGUAAGGCGAUGGCCAAUACGCAACUCAUGCAAGAAGAACUACAACAAAGCGUAGUACUGUCCGAAGAGGAUGCUGAAUUUGAGGAAGACUUACCAGCCGAUCCAAUGAUGGUAGACAGCGGCGGACCCCUGCCUUCCGGCAACUCAGGGGAUCCAGGUUACGUAGAAGCCGAUCGAAUCGCCAACAAUUACAGUAGUGGUAGUACGAUAGGUGCCAAUGCGGGACCUUCAGACGAGACAGCUCCACACUUCGACGCAGAGAGUGGAUUAGACGGUAUACCAGCUGACAAUGUUGAUACUGGCGAUCAUGAGGAUGGAACCUCUGGUAGUGACGGCGACACCCAUGACGACGAUGAUGCAUUCGAUAUUGAUGUAGAAGGGGAGGAUGACGACGAUGAUGACGGUGGACAGCAUCACAUUGAUCCCAACGCCGAUUCUAGCAACGAAGAGGACGCGGAGCACGAGGCUGCCGAGGAAGACGAGGAUGAAAACGAAGGUGUUGGCGCUGUGAAGAUCAGGCCCGGUGAUACUGAUGAAGAGAGUGAUAGUGACGAUGAUAUCAGCCUGGUAUCACACUCUAGUAGUCGGGAAUCAGCAGCAGAAUGGGAAGAAGCCGUUGAUAAUGAUGACGAUGACGAUGACUCCGACGCUGCAGACCCUAAUAACUGCAUAUUCUGUAAAAAGGAUGAGGAACAUGAUCCGGGAGUAGAGUUCGAGGCCUAUCUUACAUGCAAGGGAUGUGAGGAUCAUGCUCACCAACAAUGCGCCCGCGAAGAGGGAGCACUCGAUGAUAAAAACAAUGCGUCAAAUUGGAAAUGCCCGGACUGUGCUGCUGAUUCAGGGUCAGAUUCAGAAGCAGCUUUUGAUCAUGAAAACGCGGAAGGUGGUCAAGAGAUGGAGCUGGAUGGUGGUGCUGGUGAUAGCGAUUUAUCCCCUACUGCAGCCAGUCGAUCAACUGCUCCCUCUCAACGUGGCACGAACAAGCUAGAUUCGCAUACUGUUUUCGAUCAGUUAGUACCUGACGAGGACCAUAUGGAUGGCUCGCGAGUCCUGCGAAAAAGGAAGACAUCAUCACCUGAGGCGGAGGUAGAUAUAGAGGAAGUAAUGUCGCUGCGCAAGCGAAGAAAAAAUACUUCCGACGAAUCCGCCGUGGACGAAGCUAUUCAAGAGACAUCAAAUUCGGCAGAACCGUCGGGUAGACAAAGGUCAGGGCGUUCUCUACGACGCAAAGCAUCUAGCACAGACGCUCUAUGCACGGUUAUUAAGAAGUCGCGCUUUAGCAUGGUAGUAAAGAUGCAAGUGAGUGCUACAAAAAUGCAGCAACUUUCACUUAACUCUAGGACCCGGAGAAAACGAUCUGGCCGGACAACUGCAUCACGAUCGUCUCGAUCAUCUAGAAAGGUUGCUUCAACAAGAGCAGCAGCUGUUGCAGAACCGCCUCUAAUGACCCCAUUCUUCCCUUCUAGUUAUUCCCAACCAUUUUAUUCGUUUUAUGAUAAGGAGCCCGAUGAACUUAAAGGCAAGCCAUAUGGGGGCAUCUUAACCGAGGAACAAGCUGAUACGACAAAGACGCUGCCAACUAAGGAUGAUCGGCGCCGGUUCGAUGAGGCGAAACAGAAGGCCGAAGAGGAAUGGAGGAAUAGAUUGCUCGCCAUGCAAGCUGAAGCCGAGGUUCCAGUAAAGAAGUCACGGAAGGCUUCUGGUCCCGCGAGCCAGAUUGAAUGCAUCGAAUUUGGCGGCUGGGAAAUAGAUACUUGGUAUGCAGCCCCAUACCCCGAAGAGUAUAGUCGAAACCGGGUCCUUUACAUCUGCGAGUUUUGUUUAAAAUACAUGAACUCGGACUACGUUGCGUGGCGACACAAGCUCAAGUGCGCUGCAAAACACCCCCCUGGCGAUGAGAUAUAUCGACACGGCUCGGUUUCCUUCUUCGAGGUUGACGGUCGAAAAAAUCCCGUAUAUUGCCAAAACCUUUGUCUUUUAGCCAAGCUCUUCCUCGGUUCCAAGACACUCUAUUACGAUGUUGAGCCAUUCUUAUUUUACGUACUUUGCGAGUAUGACGACCUGGGUUAUCACUUCGUCGGGUACUUUUCUAAAGAAAAGCGUGCUAGCAGCCAGAAUAAUGUCAGCUGUAUCCUCACAUUACCAAUUCAUCAGCGAAAAGGGUACGGCCAUCUACUUAUCGACUUCUCCUACCUUCUAACCAAGGUGGAAGAGAAAACCGGUUCUCCUGAAAAGCCGUUGUCUGAUAUGGGACUCGUUUCGUACCGCAAUUAUUGGAGAUUGGUCAUGUGCAAAUAUCUAAUCGAACAUAUGCCGCAGGACAAAUCGCAGAAGAAAGGCUUAAGCAUUAGGCAGAUAUCGGACGAUACGGGAAUGACUCCGGAUGAUGUUAUCUCAGCCCUUGAGGCGCUUCGUUUCCUCGUCCGGGACCCGGUCACUCAAGUCUACGCUUUCCGGGUCGAUAUAUCAUACUGCCACAAAGAGGUUGCAAAAUGGGAGGCUAAGAAUUAUGUGAAGCUAAAUCCCAAAAAUCUCACCUGGAUGCCCUACGUCAUGGGUCGUAGCAAUGCUACAAACUUCGAGCUAGGGCCAGCUCUUAAUACGAUCGCACCCCGCGAGGAGGAUGAAGAGGUCAAAACUGUCCAAACUCUAGCAGAGAGUGGUAUUGCUACUGGAGAUUUUGCCAUAAUGCAGCCUGCCAGCCAAAAACUCCUUCCAGGUGCCGAGUCAUCUGUCCUUGAAUCGACGGAGCCAAAUGACGACGCCAUUAUGGAGACUAGUGAGGAUGUAAAACCCAAUGGCAUUGGCCAGGAGAAUGCAAAUGCCUCUUUAAGUCGAUCGGAAGACCCAAGUAAUUCGGUUGGUGCUACUGCCGCUUCAAAUGUCCAAGACGACGAAAACGAUUGGCUCAAGCAAUACGAUACCAUCCCAGUCAGCCGAUUUCAAGUUUUCCCUCCGAUAAAUAACAGGCGCACGGCCAUUUCACGUCUCAACUCGGGCAUUGCUAGACCGCCUCUGCCACGUAUCCCACCUCCAAGCUCGCGACGAACUGCACGGCCUAAAGUUCGUCGGUCAACCGCCGGCAGUACUGUCCGAAAGUCGGCGCAGAAGGCUACUUCGGGCAAACGCAAGCCUGGCGGCACGGGUCGUGGUCCCGGUCGAUGGCCAAAAGGCACUAAGAAGAGCGAUUAUGGUAAUGCGGACAGUGGUCCUGGCUUACCACCGGCUUGGGUUGAACGAAAGCGACUGGCAGAUCUAGUAGCAGCUCAAGCAGUUGAUGACAAAACUCAAGACACAGUCCAAGUGCAAGUCGCCGAGGCCAGCAAAAGCCAAAAGGGCAAGCAAGUCGCAUCUUUCUCUGCUAAAUUUGAUGCUGCAACCGGUGCUACAAUCAGUAAUGAAGCCGCAUUAACCGGUGACGCUGGCGUCGAUGUAGAUAUGGGCGGAGUUAGCAGCCGCCAAGGAGAUGUGUGUGCAGAGGCUGCAGAGACGUGAACCACCCCCCUUCCCCCCCUUUUUUUUUUCCCCUCUCGUCUCGGGCAGGCAAUGUAGUUUUACAAAUACCGCUGUAUGUAUACCUAGUCGCAACGGAAUUUUUAGGGAUUCGCAAGGAAAGAUAUUGAUUCGCGGCAUCACAAGCUUUGAGGAAAGCACAUGACCAGGGGCGCGGCGUAUAGGCGAAGAAACUUAGUUGCGAUGCUGGUAGAUACCUAAUGGAACAUUUGAUUUAUAGUAGUAUUAUUAUUAAUUUGGUUGUCCUUCAGAGUCUUAAUUCCAAGGAGAUUCAGGGAGGUAUGCGUACCUAGAGGUUAGAAUCCUGCCUUCAUAAUGUGCACGAAGGAUUUGAAUGAAUUUAAUGGCUAUACUAUAGCAUGUAAAUUAGAUGCUAGUUAACGUCUAUUUCGUCCUAGUUAUACUUAAUUCAGC